CCUGGACGCCCAAACCUUUUUUCUUUCGCGGCUGAGAAUUCCGUACAUUAAGGAAAAGCCUUGUGCAGUGUACCAUGGCAUUUGAACCCUUCACGCAAAAGGAUUGGUAUAGUGUUCUGGGUGCAGAACCAUCAGCAAGUUUGAAAGACCUGAAGCAAAAAUACCAAAAGCUCAUUUUAAUGUAUCAUCCAGACAAACAGAGCGCAGAUGUGCCAGCAGGAGCUGUGGAGGAGCAUGUGCAGAGGUUCAUCGAAAUUGAUCAGGCGUGGAAAAUUCUAGGGAAUGAAGAGACCAAAAAAGCGUAUGACCUGCAGCGGCGCGAAGAUGAUCUAAGAAGUGCAGGACCAGUGGAUGCCCAAAUAUAUCUUGAAGAAAUGUUAUGGAAUAAAGAUGAUCAGUGUUUUACUCUCAGUUGCCGAUGUGGUGGAAAAUACUGUGUUUCCAAGGAUGAAGCUGAAGAAGUUAACCUGAUCUGUUGUGAUACAUGUUCCCUAAUUAUAGAAAUUGUUCAGCACAGCUGAGAUUGUUCAGUACAUGGAAACGUAAAACUCUAUGUUCAGGCACGUUGGGGAGGCAGAGGCUUUGUCCGUUGGAGAAAACAUUGAUUUCAAGUAGAGCUGAGAAAAGAAGUGGGAGUCCUUUUGUCCACUGGAAAUGCUGCUGAAACGUCAACUCAAAUACUGUUUUCAGAGUUUGCCAAGAAAAUGUAAAAUUGGCAAGCGGAGCCCACCCCCUGUAUUAACAAAACAUGAAUUUAGUUACUUGGUGAAUUCCCAUAGUUAGAAUUUUGGUGCCUCUUUUUGUUCUCUCUUCUCCACGAGUGGAGAAUGUUUUCUUCCAAGAGCACGCUGGAAUAAAUGGGAGCGGUGGGUAUCAGCAAGUCUCGGGCAGUUGGGCUCUGCUCUGUGAAUCCAUCUGUAUCACUGAUCUAGAACUUCCCUCUACUUACCUCACAGGGCAAUUAAAGGGAUUAAUGAAGUGGAACCACACAUCCUACUAGGGGAAGCACUAUAUUCUUUGAAUAUAAACAUUUUGUAAAUACAGCUUGACCCCAGUUCUCUCUGGUUUUGAAGAUCUGAUUAAUGAAGCAGUAGAGUAUGGAAAAAAGGACAUUAGGCUCAGAUCAUAAGACUUUCAGCGACUUUUACAAGCUUAUCUCUCAGAGGCUGAUUCUUUACUCAUGGGUGCUUAACAUAGUGCCCUGCUCGGGGUAGCCUCCUCUAUGGGUGCCUAUUCCCUUCCUUUCUCCAUGUGGACAGUAUCAUCUGCUUACCCACAGUUGAGUUUCUUCCAGAUCAAAUGAGAUAAUGUGCAUGGAAAAACUUCUAAAACUGCAAAUCACUUAAAAAUAUGAGGUAUUUUAUUUAUUAAUAAUAUCCAUCCCCCCAUCCCUUUCAUGCUGGAAAAAAAGAAAUGAACAUAAGCUACAGCAUAAACAGUUUGUCUUUGUCAGUUUUAAGAACAGAAUGAGAUCCUAAAGUAAAGCAAUGGGUUUGUUGGUUGAAUUUUUUCCCUUCAUCAGGGUGGGGGAACCGUCAUAAGGGAUCAAGAACCAAACACUGCUUCAGAACAGUGUAGUGCAGACAACUAGCCCAACCAAGCAAUUUAGGUAAUGGGUAUUUAUGGUUUCAAUAAAUCAUUUUUAAUAGGA